UGGAACAUAGUAAGGGCAUUCAUGCAAAAAUAAAUAUAGAUUUUUAAAAGGGUAUAGAAGCCAAAAUAAAUAAAUAAGGUGCGAAUCACGAGGCACUAUCAACGGUCUUGAUGGUGUCUCCGACGAGGGUUUUACCGAGGUUUUCAGACGCUCGAUGGGAAGAAGGCCAUUCAUGGCGGUGGCCUCGUUGUCGUCCCGCUUCGCGGCGCUCUCGAGAAAGAUCGUCCAGCCGCCCCUCCUUUCCGCUGCCCGCUUCUUCACUGCACCUCUCCCGGGCGAUGCCGAGCCCUUACCGGACGAUCAACCCACAUCUCAGCAGCGGCUUCCCUUUCAGCGGCCCCUCGAGAAUGGUCUCGAUCCUGGUGUUUAUAAGGCGGUGAUGGUAGGGAAGGUGGGCCAAAAGCCGGUGCAGAAGCAUUUGAAGAGCGGCCGCUCUGUCGUGCUGUUCUCGCUGGGCACUGGAGGAAUCAGGAAUAAUCGCAGACCAUUGGACAAUGAGCAGCCCAGGGAAUAUGCGGAGCGAUGCGCCGUUCAAUGGCAUCGCGUGUGCGUUUAUCCGGAGCGGCUCGGAGACCUCGCCCUCAAGCACGUCAAUCCCGGGUCUGUUUUGUAUUUAGAAGGGAACUUGGAAACCAAAGUGUUCAGUGAUCCAACUACUGGCCUUGUGAGACGUAUAAGAGAAAUAGCUAUACGGCGAGAUGGUCGCCUCGUCUUUCUCGGUGCUGAAACCGAAGCCGGCCAGAGUCAACCCCAGCAAGCAGAUCUAAGGAGUGCUGGAUACUACUGAAAAGAUGAACUCAUUCAAAG